UCACGCCCUAGCGAUACGUACCAGUAUUGCUAAUUGGUACUUAUGACAUUCUCUUCUUGAAGCAGUUUUGGAUUGGAGCAUCCCGAAUUACUUUGAAACUCUAGGUCUUGUAAUUGCAACCAAAAUGAUCGGAGUUGCUUCACGGCGGCUCGCCGUCCGAGCCGGGCGACGGUGUUAUUCCUCCAUAGUGGGCGACAUAGAAGCCGGACAGCAGCAUUCAAUCCGGGUGUCGCAAGCGCAAGGAGUCGCGAAACGAGGCCUCGUCGAUGCCAUUGGCAACACGCCUAUGAUCCGCCUGAACAAGAUCUCCGCGCAGACCGGCUGUGAAGUCCUUGGGAAAGCCGAAUUCCAGAACCCCGGAGGCUCCGUCAAGGACCGCGCUGCCCUAUAUGUCGUCGAGAACGCCGAAAAGCAAGGCCUUCUAAAACCUGGCGGGACCGUCAUCGAAGGAACCGCCGGCAACACCGGCAUCGGGCUCGCCCAUGUCUGCCGAUCGAAAGGAUACAAGCUGGUCAUCUACAUGCCGAACACACAAUCCCAGGGAAAGAUUGAUCUACUGCGGCUAUUAGGGGCGGAAGUGUACCCCGUCCCAGCCGUGGCGUUCGACAACCCGCAGAACUAUAACCAUCAGGCGAAGAGACAUGCGGACAGCCUGGACAACGCGGUGUGGACGAACCAGUUCGAUAACGUCGCCAACCGCCAAGCCCACAUCGAAACGACGGGUCCGGAAAUCUGGUAUCAGACGGAGGGGAAAGUGGAUGCCUUCACCUGUGCGACUGGAACCGGUGGAACUCUCGCGGGCGUCACGCGUUAUUUGAAGGAGAAAUCGGGAGGCCGGGUCAAGAGCUUCCUCGCCGAUCCGCCAGGCUCCGUUUUACAUUCGUACAUCCAGAGCGGUGGGAAGCUGGCCGAGCGAGCGGGUGGCUCAAUCACGGAGGGAAUCGGACAAGGUCGGAUUACGGAUAACUUGAAGCCGGAUAUCGACCUUGUUGAUGACUCGGUGCACAUCAGCGAUGAGAAGACGAUUACCAUGGUAUACCGAUGUUUGGAUGAGGAGGGGCUGUAUCUCGGUGCGAGCUCGUGUCUCAAUGUGGUGGCAGCGCAAGAAGUCGCAGAGAAAAUGGGCCCCGGCCAUACGGUUGUCACGGUGCUCGCUGACGGAGCGUAUCGAUAUGCGGACCGCCUGUUCUCACGGAAGUGGUUGACAGAGAAGAAGCUCCUCGGUGCUAUUCCUGAGCAUCUCACGAAAUAUAUCGUUCUUGAAUAGAACACGUCGUAGUGGAAAGCGAUUUGGGCGAAUGAGCUUUUAAGAUAAACCUAUUGUACUCGAUAUCCGGGUAUCUAUGCAAGGAUUGAAUCGAAGCUAGAUAUAUUUGUACGGGUUCAUGAUCCCAUUCUGAAGAGAUGUCAGCGAGGAAACCAAUAUGAGGUGUGCUGC